AUCAUCAGAAAGCAUCCAACAUAUGGUACCGUAAGCAAGAUAAGAGGUAGUAUUUCUCCUAAGUCGAUUCUUUUAGAUUGAAGAGAAAGUAAAAGAGUGUAGCAAUCCAACUGGAAAUUUUGAAUAUAAGUUAAAAAUCAUGUCGCACCAAACGGGUAUAAAAGCAAACGAUGCCUUGAAAAAAAUUUUUUCUAAAUGCAGAGAUGGAAAAAUACGUGUAUUAAAGGUGUCUAUAGAAAACGAAGAAUUAGUUCCUGCAACUUUUAAUAAGCCUGCAAAUAAAUGGCAUGAUGAUUACGAUAAAAUGAUUAAACCUUUAAUUCUUGAAAAUCAACCUGCAUAUAUUCUUUAUCGACUUGAUACAAAAUCUACAGAUUCUGGUUAUGAUUGGUUGUUUAUAUCUUGGUCACCUGACACAGCUCCAGUAAGACAAAAAAUGUUAUAUGCAUCCACAAAAGCUACUUUGAAACAAGAAUUUGGAACCUCAUGUAUUAAAGAAGAAUUACAUGGAACUGUUCCUGAAGACAUUACAUUAGAAGGUUAUCAUAAACAUAAAAAAAAUAAUGCAGCUCCAGCACCUUUAACUACAGCAGAAGAAGAAUUAGCAGAAUUGAAAAAGACUACUAUUAAUACUGACUACAGCGUUGAAACAAGGCAUCAAACAUUAAGUGGCGUUGCAUUUCCUGUUACGGAUGAAGCUAAAAAAAUAAUUACAGAAUUUGGUAAAGGCAUGUAUGAAUAUGUUCAAUUAAAAAUUGAUAUAGAAGAAGAAAAAAUCCAUUUAGUCACAGCUUGUGAUGUUUCAUUGGAUAAAUUACCUACCAAAGUUCCAUCUGAUUCAGCUAGAUACCAUCUCUAUAAUUUCAAACAUACAAAUGAAGGAGAUUAUAUGGAAUGCAUAGUCUUCAUAUAUAGUAUGCCAGGAUAUAGUUGCAGUAUCAAAGAAAGGAUGUUGUAUUCUUCCUGUAAAGCUCCACUUCUUGACCUUAUUCAAUCUCUAGGGGUGAAUAUAACAAAAAAGUUGGAAGUAAAUAGUGGCGAGGAGUUGGCAGAUAUGUUGGAAGAUCCUCCAACUAUAAAAGAAACAACUACAAUAACACCUGCAACUCCAUCAACACCUUGUGCGCCUACUCAAUCGAUGCCAGAGAAAAAGUCAAAGCAGAAGAGAUCGUGUGUCUUAAGUUAACUGAUUUAUAGGGCCUUUUUCUUGCCAAUUGUUUAUAUGCUUUACAUAACCAGAAAUGAUUGUGAUGCUCGGGGCAUAAUAGUUUCGUUUAUAAAUUCUGAAUUUGUGAUAGCAUAACAUUGACGUUGAAUACAUUAUUAAAAUUAUAUAAUAUAAUACAAAUUCAGUAUGUCAUAGUGAAUUAUAAGAUCAUAUAUAUUCUACAUAUUUGGAGAAGUUUUAUGAUUUAAUGGUGUUUAUCAACGUUUAAUAUUACUUGAUCAUCGUGAUAUAUAUAAUUAUAUAAGAAAACAGAGUAGACUAAACUAUGUAUUUUUCUAAAUUUUAAAAGGAUAUUAUUGUAUCAAUACUCGUCAAAAUUAUAUAAUAAGUAUGACCACUCCAGUGAUGGGAGUGAUGGGAGUGAAUUAUUUUUAAUUCACAAUGAAGACUUUUAAAUGGAUGAAAUUUUUUUAAAUGAAGUAAGAGCAAUGUUUUUAGAUAAAAUGAAAAAUGAAAAUGAUGUGAUGGUAAAAACAUGUAUAUAUAUAUUAUAUUGAAAUAUGAAUAGUAUCAGAGUAUGAUGGCUUAGUAGUUCUCAUUUUAGCAGAACUUUUAAAACUUAUCUAUCGUAAAAAAUUUAAAUAAUAUUUAAGAAAUGUUUAGAUUGCAUAAUUAUUAUUUUGCUCUUGUUAAAUAUGUACAAUACUAUACAUUAAUAUCCCAUCACUAGGAGAAUCAAUGAUGAAAAAUUCCAUAACGUAAAAUUCUUGUUGACUUAUGAAAGGUGUAUGAAUUAUCAUUCAUUUAAUAUUACAUUAUAUAUUUAAAUAUGACUGCUUAAUGUGGUUUAAUGUUGUUGAAAGUUAAGCCUUCAAUGAAAUAUUCAAAUAUUCAAUAAUUAAUAUUAAAAUUUAAACAUUUUAAGAUUUAAUAAAGUAUAAUUGUUUUAUGAAACAAAAAUUGCAAUGCAAUAUCAAAGAUAUUGGUAUAAGAUAUUAAUUUAAUGCAAUAAGAUUUUGCACUUUAUAGUUCCUUUAAUAGUGAUUUUAUUUUUAUGUUCUAUAUACUGUAUACAUUAUUAUUACAUAUUCCUAGAAAAUGUGGAAUUCUAACACAUCAAGUCUUGAUUUGUUCCUAGUCCUAAAAAUGGUGAUACGAGUAUGUGUGUGUCUGUAUAUAUGUAUACAUACAUACAUACAUACAUACAUACAGAUAUAUAAAUCUUACUUUAUUAUUAUAAAUUUAAUUUUUAUGAAUGGAAUUUUAAGGCUUGGCUUUCAAAUUCAUUAAAACUUUCAUAUAGGUCUUAGUAAAAUAUGUUAUCAUGAUUUUUGUAAAUGUUUUUGGUAAUCUAUAUAUCAUAUAUGAUUAUAAGAGAGUUAGAGAGUAAAUUCCAAUUGCUCUUGUUAGCAGAUGCUGCUCAUCUAAUUUCUCUGUGUCUUUUGAGCAUAAUAAUAGUAAAGUGACAGCUUCAUAAAUCAAUAAUGACAUAUACUGUGAAUACGAUUUCUUUACAAAUGAUCACAUACAAUGUUAGUAUACAUUAUACGCUCUACUAUUUCUAAACGACACAGAAUAUUAAAUUCCAUAAAUACAUGUAAUUAAUAAGACUGAUAUUAGCAUGUCCCACCAGCUGUGUUGCUGAAAUUGAUGUUAACUAUUAUUUUUCCAAUUUUGUUUUUAAGUCAAGUAUACAUAUAUUGUCUAUUUAGGCACUCAAUUCAAUUCUGAUAGUCAUAGAUCUGUUAUAAACAUAAAACGUACAAACUGCAAUUAUCUAUAAAAUAAA